AUGACUACAGUUUUGGUAUAGGUAUUUAUAUUUAGUCAUACAUAAAUUAUCAUCUUAGAUACUUAUGAAUCAACUACAAAUUGGGGAUUACCAAUUUCUGCUUCGAAAGUAAAAGUUGAUACUUCUGUUGCUAAUUCUCAAGUAGAUCCAUAGAUAACAUUCCUCUGCUUAGAAGUUGAUUAGGACUCAAACUUUAUUGUCACUGCAAAAAUAGAUCAGAUUGAAUAAAGCAAUUAAAUAUAAGGUUUUAAGGCAUAAUCAGGGUGGACAUGGUUUGCUAUUACUGUUUCAGAAUUAUUUCAAUAUUCUACUAUUACCCUUUUUGCCAGUAAUGACGCCUAUACUGGUCAAGUAGCAGCUACACCCUUUAAAUCCGAAUCCUUUAUUUUAGAUGGAAUAUAUGGAGUAGUGGGCACACCAGAUCCUUCAACUUCUUCUAAUAUUUUGAGUAUAGGUUGUCAAUUUGAUUCCUAUUCAAACUGCAAUAAACCACUUUCAGGAUACUUUUUCGAAUUAAAAAUAUGGGAAGAUAAGGCAUUAACAAGUGUCUAGCUUGCAUUUGAAGUGAAAAUGACUUGUACUGGCAGCUGUAGUGUAUGCCCUUCAGUAGAUAGCAAGUGCUUUGAUUAAAGAUCAUUAACUAUUCUAGACUUAGAUCUAGAAAUUGAUGCAUAGACAGUAACUGAUACAUCAGGAAAUUCAUAUGAUUUCUUGCAAGGUAAUACUGUUACUGUUGGUGCAUCAGAUGGAGACCCAAUUAGGAUUCCUUUUUAAGGGAUGAGAUUUUCUUCUACCUCUUUUCUCUUGAAAUAAACUCCUACGAUUCCUAUUCCAAAUGGAAUAACUGUAGAAACAUGGUUUAGAUUUGACUUCAAUAACUCAGUGACAUAAGGAGAUCUUUAGUAUAUUUAUCAAGCUAUUCGAUAAGAUUCCAAUAAACUUGAGAUAGCAGUAGACUAUACCCUUCUAAAAAUUAGACUAAAUAAUUAGGAAGUCAACCUCUUCGUUAAUUGGACAUUAAGCACUAAUUGGAGAUAUCUAGCUGUAACUUUGGUAAAAACUUAUUAGGAUAGCCACUCAUAUACCAAGCCAGUAGGAAUUUCUCAAGUUAAAGUUUAUCUUGACAACACAUUGUUAGCUACAACUAGUGGUCAAACUUUCAAGGAGUAAUUAGAAAAUUCAGAAUAAAAGCUGGCACUUUUUGCAAUUAAUUAACUUCUCCUACUGUUUCAACAUGUAAUUUUCAUUAAUUUUACAAAUUUAGCCUGUAUUGCUAAUGGGAAGACAACUUCUUGUAAUAUUUGUGAUAAGACUACAAACUAAUGCUUUUCCUCUUGUGGGUUUAACACAUUAGACAAUCUUUGUACACCUUGUGAUUGGAAAUGUUCUUACUGCUUUGGAACUGCUGCAACAUGCAGUGCUUGUGAUACAACUAAAAACUUAAUUGGAACAGCUCCUACAUGUUCUUGUGCUGCAGGAUUUGUUUAGAUUAGUAACUAGUGUCAAGCAUGUAAUAAGAAUUGUGCAUUGUGUCUAGACACUACUAAUUCAAACUGUCCAGUUUGCUCAACUAAUGCUUAUCUAUUUGCUGGUAAAUAAUGUCUGGAAGAGUGUCCUUACGGCUAUAUGAAGGACUCUUCCUAUCACUAAUGCCACUUUGACACAAAUAAAUUGAUAGAGCCUGUUUAUCAACUAGAUUAUUUAAACAAGGGUUGUGAUCCUACUCAAUAUUCAGCAGGCUCUAUUUGCUCAUCAUGCCAUUCAAGUUGCUAUACUUGUGCGGGUGGAAGCAGCACCGAUUGCACUUCAUGUGUUCUUGGUAAGUAUCUCUAUGACAGCACCUGCAGUACAUGUGAUGCAACCGGAAUGAUUAUUGGAUCCUCAGGUUAGUGUGUAGAGAUUUGUGGUGAUGGUAAAAACUUUGGUUUAUUUGAUUGUGAUGAUGGUAAUAAUUCUGAUGGAGAUGGAUGCUCAGGCUCUUGCGAGAUUGAAACUGAUUGGACCUGCUCAGGUGGAUCCAAAACCACUGCAGAUACUUGCAAGUUAUCUCAAAUUAAUAUUGAAUCCUUGCAAUCAACUGAAAAUAAUAACAUUAUCUUAAUCCUCUCGAAGCCAGCAUUUAUUAUUGACGACUUGACUGAAGAGGAUAUUGAGAUUUAGAUACAAAAGUAUGAUGGCACUUACGUCAGCAACUUUGAAGCAUUAUUCUAAAAAAUAUAAGAAAUGCCUACAUAGAAAAUAUUUGUUCAGCUCAAGAUUAAUGAGUUUUUACAAGGAAAAGAAAAAAGUUCUAAAGUUAGAAUGAUUUAUAAGAAAAGUGGUAAAAUCUUUGACACUAGACUGAAUGAGCUCUCGACCUAUUCAGAUGCAUUCACGUAUAUAGGUAAAAACUUCCCUGAAAUGGAUUAAACUGAGAAAGAUGCGAUCAAGAGUAUGGGAAUCAUCAAUAAUUUAGCCAUUAUAAUUAUAAUUGGAAUGACUAGUUUUCUCUCUGUAAAAUACAAUUCAAGCAAUCAACCUGCUUUCCUCAUUUUCUUUGGAAUGUAAGAGAUGCUUUACACUCUCUUAUACAGUUUCGACUACCCUCUUGACAUGAAAUUUUACUGGAAAUACUUCACAUGGCUUCAGCUUGAAUUUCCAAAUAUGAUAUAGAAUAAUUUGAAUGCAGACAGUUUCAUUGUAAAUAACAACCUCAAAAUACUAAUAUGGUUCACAUAUACUCUUCUCUUCCUAAUAUUUUCAUGCAUAAAAAGGAAAAUAAGCCAUAAGAAAAGUGAAUAAGUGAUGAAUCAAUUCUUAUUCUCAUCCACUAUAUCUUUCUUCAUGUGUUGCUUGAUGCCUUUUGGUCAAGCAAGUUUCAUUGAGAUUUAAAAUAUCAAGAAAACUCUACCCUUCAAAUUAGCAUCUGUUUCAAGCGCAUUCUUUGUUUUGGCAACAAUAUUCUUUUUCCUUUACUCCAUAACUUUAAUAUCAGUAAAGGCUGGCAGCCAUUACCACAAUGAAAGGUUCUUAAAGAAAUAUUUAUCAAUACUCAAACCAUUUAAAGCCAAGUAAAUUUGCCUACUAUACUACCCACUUUAUUGCUGGAAAAGAUUUAUUCAAAUUAUAAUUACAGCACUAUUUAUUGAUGAUCCAGUACUUUAAGCACUAGCAGUAGCUUUACUAUAAGCAAUGUUUUUAAUAUAUGUUUUCUCUGCAAGGCCAUUCUAAUCUACUUAUAAUAAUGUUCUAAGCUUAAUUUCAUAACUCUUCCCCUUCCUAAUAUCAAUUUAUAGUAUUAGCUUUGAUGGAAGUACUAAUGAUCCCGAAAAAGCAUUUAAUUUUGGAUGGGGAGCAAUCUUAAUGGUUUCUGUGUAUUGUUUAUCUUACUUUGCUUUUGCAAUUAUAGCAAAUGUUUAUCAUGUUCUAGAUAGAGCUGAAUUUGCUUAAAGAUAUACCCAAGAAAUAGAGGACAAAAUUAGGAUGACUAUUUUAAGUAUAUUCUAUAGGAAAGGAGCAGCAGUGGAUAAAAUGAAACAGACAAAGUAAAACUUUGUUCAAGAAGAGUAAAUUUCUAUCUUGAAGAAAAGAUCAGAACCAAUUAAAGAGCAAGCACCACCUCCAAUUGUUGACUCAUUUACCCCGAGUCAAUAGCCUAUUGUUAUCAAGAAUAAUUAAUUUACUAUGCCUCUGGGAAUAAAUGAUGACAAGAAAACAAAUAUUCCUGUUUUCCAGUCUAGUAACAAAAUGAAUUAGAAGAAUAAUAAUGCUAUACUACCACCUAUUGAUGGUCACAAGACACAACUUGAUCCUAAAGCAUUAGUAACUCCAGAUAAUGCAAAUGCUAAAGAAGGCUUCUUUAAAAAUAAGGAUGCAAAGAUGAAGAAAGAUGAGGACGAAGAAGAUGAUGAUGAAGAUGCUGAUCACAGUAAAUUUGGAAUAGAUAUGAGCAGUGCUGUAUAAGAAAUGAAUAAUAGCAAGAGAAAGACUAAAAAGGUAAAAAAGAAGGUGAAGACUAAGAAGAAGAAGAAUCUCCUAGGAGAAACAGUAGGACCCGAAGCAAGCAAAGAUUAGAAAAAUGAAUAUCACCUGAUCUGA